AUGGACAAGGCGUCCAUCAAGGCCGUGCCCGAUGAGCGCUCCACUUUCGAGCGCUUCGCCGACAACGUCAACCACGCGCUCACCGGCGGAUUCUUCCGCCUCGGAUACAGCGUCGCCAAGAACCCGUACAAGUACGCGCUCGGCUCGUUCCUGAUCUGCCUGAUGCUCACCGUGGGUAUCUUCGCCCCCGGGCUCACGAACGAGAACCGCAGCGACAAGCUCUGGGUCCCGAGCGACACGCAGGCGCAGGACGACAACAAGUACGUCUCCCAAUUCUACGGCGCCGAGGCGAGGUUCGGCGAGGUCAUCGUCAAGAAGGCGGGCGGCGGCGACGUCCUGGACCCGGCCGUCUUCGCCGCGGUCAAGACCCUCGUCGAUCGCAUCGAGGCCACCUCGAUGCAGUGGGACGGCGCCACGAUCGGGUGGCAGGACCAGUGCCUCAAGAUUGGCGCCGCGUGUGCCAUCUCUCACCCGAUCCAGGCGUUCGCGACCGCCGCCGACUACGACACCCGCGACGAGAUCGUUCAAACCGUCAACGGCGGCGCGGGAUCGUACAAGAACCUCGCCACCGGUCAGCCCCUCAACCUCGACGGCACCAUCGGCGGCCAGGUCUUGGAUGCGAACGGGAAAGUGACCUCCGCGUCGGCUGUUCGCGUCGGUUUUUUGACCAAGAUUCACGAGACCAUCGUCGACGGCGACGAGGUGGACGAGCGCGGGGACGCGUUCGAGCGGAAGCUCCUGGACGUGUUCGAGGCGGGUAUCCCCGGCGUCGAGCUCACGUUCAUCGUCUCGAGGUCCUUCGGCGACGAGUUCGGCGCCGCGAUCCAGAGCGACCUCGGCUUGCUCCAGGCGGCGUUCAUGCUCAUCCUGGCCUACGCGGCGCUGAUGCUCUCGCGUUGGGACGAGGGCUGCGUGGGGUCCAGGGUGGCGGUGACGUUUUCCGGCGUCGUCUCCGUCGGCAUGGCCAUCGCGGCGUCCUACGGGUUCUGCUCCUACAUCGGGCUCUUCUUCAGUCCGCUGAUGAACGUCUUACCGUUUCUGCUCCUGGGCAUCGGCGUGGACGACAUGUUCGUCAUCGUGAACCAGUACGACCACAUGGACCCCACGCUCGACCCGGCGACGCGGAUCGGCAGGGCGCUGGCGUCCGCCGGCGCGUCCAUCCUCGUCACGUCCGCCACCGACGUCUUCGCCUUCCUCGUCGGCUCCAACACCACGCUUCCCGCGCUUCGUAACUUUUGCUUCUACGCGUCCUUCGGCAUCCUGUUCAUCUUCGCGUUCAUGGUGACCUGGUUCGUCGCGUUCCUCGUCCUCGACGAGCGCAGACGCGCGAGGAGCCAGGGCGACGUCAUCUGCUGCUUCGUCACCAAGAACCAGGCGUGCUGCGCGUGCUGCGCCCCGCGAGAGGACAAGCGCACCCGCAUGGAGCGGGCAUUUGGCGACGGCCUCGGCGGGCAGCUCGUCAAGCCGUGGGUCAAGGGCGCCGUGUGCGUCGGGUUCGCCGCCAUCGCCGUGGGGGGUUUCAUCGGCUGCAGCCAGCUCGAGAUCGACGCCGACGUCAACGAUUUCAUCCCGGCGGGUUCGUACGUCAAGGACUGGUUUUCCGACACCAACGCGUACUUUGCCAAGCUGGGAGAUUCCAUCGCCGUGUACUCGCGCGACAUGGACGUUCACACCGCGGAUGGCGCCGCGCUGAUGCUGGCGGCGUCGACGGCCUUCAAGGCGGACCCGUACGUCGCGGAGACUUCCGUGAGCUCCUGGAUCGAGUCGUUCAACGCCCAUCGCGGUGCCACCGGCGCGUUCGCUCUCGCCGAUCUUCACGCGUGGACCACCACCGUCGGCAGCAGCGGGAUGCCCUUCAAGGGCGACAUCGUGUGGCGAAACGAGACGAACAACGUGCCGAACGAGGGCAUCAUCUCCACCAGGAUGCGGGGUAACCACGUGAAGAGCUACAAGUCCGACGAUAAGGUCAAGUCGAUGGAUUCGCUCCGCGACUCGCUCGAGGCGGUUCCCGGCAACGGCGCCGGCAACGUGUUUGCGUUUUCCGACUCUUGGCUCUCUUACGAGCAGUACAAGUCCAUCGCCUCCGAGGCGACGCGUAACAUCGCGUCCACGAUGGCGGGUAUGGUGGUUAUCAUCGCCAUCCUGCUCAUCUCCCCCAAGGCUGUGCUCAUCGUCUGCCUCUGCCUCUGCCUCAUCAUCAUCAACAUCAUGGGGUACAUGCACUUCUGGGGCCAGACGCUGGACUCGGUGACGAUCAUCAUGCUCAUCAUCGCGCUCGGCCUGAGCGUCGACUACAGCGCGCACAUCGGUCGAGCCUUCAUGGAGCAUCGCGGCACCCCCGACGAGAGGCUCAAGAACUCUCUCGCGGACAUGGGCGUCGCCGUGUUCAAUGGCGCGAUAUCCACCUUCCUCGCCGUCAUCGUGCUGUCGAGCUCCGAGUCGUACGUCUUCGUGACGUUCUUCAGACAGCUCUUCCUGUGCAUCGUGUUUGGGCUGGGGCACGGGCUGGUGCUGUUGCCGGUGCUGAUGUCGCUGUUCCCGCCCAAGCCCUUCGACGCCCCCGCCCACCUACAGUGA